AUGGGCAGAUUUGUCCCUGCCGACGAGUGGCCGGGUCGCGGGGCCGGUGCCGAUGCGGAGGCGGGCGCGGAGGCCGGUGCGGAGGCGGAGAGCUCACGGACGCCGGGGCUUGGCUCAGGGCGGGCCGGCGCGGUCGAAGGAAAAGAGGUUCGCUUCGUUGAACCCUACCGAGUGCGAAUGGAGCUGCGGCGGCGCGAGCAUGAGCGCCUGCCGCCGCAAGUCGGGGCACGCCGAGUGGAUCCGUGCGAGAAGCAGGACGUGUCCGAGCGGUCCGCCGUCCCGCUCGAGGUGCUCGCCGUGAAGGAGGAGAAGAGUGGUGGUGAGUUGAGACUCGCUGUGGUGGACGGUGUUGUGAACAUCGACUCUGACUCCGACUCAGACUCCGACAGCGACUACGAGUGCGAUGAAGAGGUGUUGGUGUUGGGUAAUAAGAGAUCUUCAGUGAGAAAAGGUAGCAAUCAAGAGAAGCUCACAGGGAAAAAGAGGACUGCUGAUAUGCUCCAUGAAGAUUCAGCGGUGGAGGCAGGGGAAGGCGCACAGGAAAUAGUAGGCCCGGAAUCUGGCAACAAGAAACCCAGUGGCAAGAUUCUGAUACGCAGUCAGCCAAAAAAAAUAUGUGAGGCUGUGACGCUGCUGAAUGCGCCUCAGAGGGAGAAGGUGAAGGAACUUGGCUUUGGGUCUUUGCUUGAUUUCAGAAUGGACGAAUGUUGGCCAUUGUACCUUGUAGUCUGGCUUAUGGAUCACCUCUACCUGGACGACCAGGACCCAGAUACAAUGUUUCUUUAUUUUGGGGGCAAUAGGAAGCUUUUUAUAACCCAGCACACGGUAAAUUGUGUUCUGGGGCUGCAGAAGGGAAAAUUUGAUCCACCAUUGAUGUUUACAAACACACCCAAACUCAAUGGCCUUCCAUUAUUAAGAAACAAAUUAGGGCUACCAGCAAGCAAAAAAAUUGAGGUUGGUGAUCUUUUAAAGAAAAUACAGUCUGGCGGCACUGACAGGUUUACAAUGCAGUGUUUCAUGAUGAUUGUAUUUUGUAAAUUAAUGGCUUGUAGCUCCAGUAAGUACAUCACAGAAAGUGCAUGGAACAUGGUUAAUAAAGACUUCGACAAGUUUGGUCACAUGAAUUGGUGCAAAUUCAUUGUCGACCAACUAAAGUAUUCUGCAAAUAUGUGGAAGGGUAAAAAGAAGAUAGUAUAUGGGUGCCCUGCGUUUCUUUUGAUGUAUUACCUCGACAACUUAGAUUGCGAACAGAAAAUGAGAUGUGUAGAGGUCCCACGCGCCAAAUUAUUUGGCAAGGAAAUGAUCCAGAAGUUGGUGAAGGCUGACAAGCAGGAGAAGGAUGGCUUGACAACAUUUGGGAACCUAAACCUAAGAAACCAAAGGGAUACCUGCUAUGAUGAGAGGGCAGAAUUAAGCAGACAUGUGACAACAUACAUGCCUAUAUCUGGCACCAGUGACACUGAUAUUGUUGGUACCUUCCGUAGCCCGCAUAACCAGAUCCAGAUUGGUGAUUUAUCUUCUCACCAGAGUUUGUGUCCACCGAAUAAAAGUAAUGCCAAGCAGCAGCAUCGGCAGCUUGACAUCAGACAGAUAGAGGAACCAGAAGGGAGAAGGGAAGAAAAUGGGGAUGGCCUGAUUGGUUAUGAUAAGCAGAAAACUACGGUGUGUAAUUCAAGUGAGUUGUUUGUGCACCAUCAAACUGAUGGUGACAUUGCCAUGGCUACUCAGGGGACAACACCUUCGCUGGAGGCAUCAGCCGAGUUCCAUGGUGAUCCAAAGGUAUCUGCUGUACCCCAAGGUAAACAUGAAGUGACUGGGGUUUCUGAAGACGGAUGUAUCAACAUAUGUUACUAUUACAGCAGAGGAUGUCCAAGGUGUAUCAGAGGAUGUCGUGCAGCUGCCAGCACUUCCAUGAAGGAGCAAGUGAACGAUUUCAUGAUUCGGGCAUCAGUCGCUUUGGGUGUCCGGACCUCAGACCUGGAGCAGCAGGUACAGGAGCUUACCAAGAAGCUAAGUAACAAGGAAGAGGAGCUUGAGGCAACCAGAGAAAUGCUGAGGGGAGCCCAAUCCACCAUUGCCGACAACGAGGAGGUGCUUGAGGCAACUGGAGCCAAGCUGAGGACGGCGCAGGUGUUCCAGCUAGAGGCGCAGUCUGCAGUCGCCGCCAUCAACUGCCUCGCCCUGCGCUUGAGUGCCACGUUUGUCAGGUUGGGUUCGGAUCCUCCAUCCAGCAUGGUUAGCAGCAGCUCUUUGGAGGAGGCCGUGAAGCUGCUGGAAGACCUGGUGUCGCGCAUCGAGCCCGUGUCGCGCAGCCACGCCACGAGCCUCGCCCGGAGCAGCGUGGGGUAUGGUGCCGCGGCGCUGCUGUCCAGGGGCCGGGAGAAGGGCGUCAAGGCCCUGCACGACGCCGUGGGUGCGGACACGAGACGGUUUGUCCAGUCGCAGGGGCCUGAGUUCCACUCCUUGGUCGCUCAGGUCGUCGAUGCUGUGCAGAAGCAGCAUGCCAGCAUGGCAAUAUAA